AUGGUUUUCUAUUUCACAUCGAAUGUGGUCGAUCCCUCCGCCUUUAUUUAUGUCGGAAAGGACAAAUUCGAGAGGUCAGUCUUGUCCCCUCCGAUUUGCGACAGCGCCAAUUGCGCUAAUACUUCUAUACACUUGCAGUUCCACGUCGACAAUUUGUCAAGUGCACACGUCUAUGUACGCCUUCGAGAAGGUGAAACAUGGGAUAACAUCCCCCAGCCGCUUCUAGAGGACUGCGCCCAACUCACAAAAGCGAACUCCAUUGAAGGAAACAAGAAGGACAACAUCACCAUUAUCUAUACACCGUGGUCAAACCUGAAGAAAGACGGAUCAAUGGCGGCCGGUCAAGUCACAUUCCAUAAUCACAAGCUGGUCCGUAAGGUCUACGUGAAGCAACGUGAGAACCCAAUUGUCAACCGGCUGAACAAGACCCGGGUUGAAAAAUUCCCCGAUCUCCAGGCCGAGAAGGAAGAGGACACGAAGAAGAAGCAGCGCGGUGAUCGCAAAGCCCGAGAAGAACAGCGUGCGAAGGAAAAGAAAAAGCAGCAAGAGUAUGAACAGCUCAAGUGGCAGAAAGAUCAUGCAUAUGAUGAUAUGUUCACGGAGGAAAAUCUGGAGGCCAGCAACAACCAGGACCGUGGCGAGGAUUUCCUCGACGACUUCAUGUGA